AUGGAUCUUUUGUCGGUCCUUCCGGACUUCCCUACCAAGCCAUAUGCUCAUAUUCUCCCACCUCUUGAGCGGAGCCAUAUCAGCACGGUCGACUUGAUCACUCUCGACACUCUCGAAGUCGCAAAGCGUGCUCGUGUUCCUCCCGCCGAUGUCCGCCGAUUGUCCGCUCAGAUCAUAAGAGCACUCCACAAUGAUCCGAGCUCCAGCCUCAGUGUUGAUGUUCCUUGGAGUGCGAUUAGUACACUCGACCCCACGUUAGACGCACUGCUUGAUGGCGGCAUACCGACGGGUUAUGUGACCGAGGUGACUGGUGAGAGUGGGAGUGGCAAGACGCAAUUCCUUCUCACCCUUCUCCUGGCCGCCCAACUUCCUGCACCCCGUGGUCUGGACAAGUGUGCCAUAUACAUUUCCACAGAAGCUCCGUUAUCGACGCCACGGCUUUCGCAGCUCAUUGAAUUCCAUCCUUAUCUAUCUUCCUUGUCGCAAGCUCACACGCCCUCGCUGGAGAAGAUAUUGUCUAUCAAUGCCAUGGAUCUCGAGGCACAAGAUCACAUCCUCAACUACCAACUCCCUGUUGCAAUCAAGCGAUAUAAUGUCGGAUUGGUCGUCAUUGACUCCAUAACUGCAAAUUACCGGGCAGAACAUUCGUCCCAUAAUCUGUCGGGCUUGUCCACACGGUCUGGCGAGCUUUCCAGAUUAGGCCACAUGCUGAGGAACCUGGCUGUGGAGGAAAAUGUCGCAGUUGUAGUAGCGAACCAAGUUUCUGAUCGCAUUGAAGCUGCUGGCAGGCACCCAACACUAAUACGUUCGAAUGGCGGUGUCAUCUCAUCUAUUCCUUCAACGCAACAGCAAGUGCCGUCGUCACGUCACGAGUUAGAAGCUGUUACACCGUUGCCACGAAAUCGACCUCUUGAGUCCCGGAAUGUCGAACUGACUCCUCAUAACCCGAUCCUUCAAUCCUCUCCUCUUCUACACCAGCAGCGGUUCUUCACCGGGUGGGGUGACACGCUACAACCUACUAUCUCAAGCCUGUACCCAGCUUUCCAACAAGCUGCACAGAAGACCCCUGCUCUAGGCUUGGUUUGGUCUACCCAGAUUGCAUGUCGCAUUGCACUGAAAAAGGAGACCCGCUUUGUGGAUUGGGAGGCCAUUCUAGAGGACACGUUUGUCUCCAGCGAGCAGCAUUUGCUGCCUACAGCAAGAGAGCAGGCCAAUGAGCCCCCGGAUUCACGAGUAGCAAUGGAGAAUGAAGAACAAUCUAGGGCACACCACCCUGCAGUCUGUGCACCACCGGACGAGACCGAUGCAGUAGACGAUAAGACGAAUCUCGAUGUCCCGAAUACUGUCCGUGAUGAUCAUGCAGCAACCGGGCAAUCCUCACCAUUGUCAUCACAGGCAGUUACACAAGGCGUUCGAAGAACCAUGAAACUUGUAUUUGCCCCCUGGACUGCCGGCCCAGUCACAGAGCAAGGCGAGAUCCAACACGAGGCGGAGUUUGAAAUCUGGAAGGGUGGGCUGAGGGGCUGUACAGAGGAUUUUGACACCAUCUAG